UUUUAAUGCGCUCGAUGUCACGCAGGUGGAAUCUGAGUCUGCGGCUGAUCGUUUUGAUCGUAGCCGAGGGGAGAGAGCGCGAGCGCGGCUCGUAGCGGCGGAGAUGAGCGCAGCGCGAGGGAGUGAGACUGGAGAGGUGUCAGUGCUGACAGAGGCGCUGGUGGACUGACUGACUGCUACAGGAUGCCUCUCUGCACGCGCCCCUGCGCAACUGUGCACGAGCAUCAGCGUGGAAAAGGCUAGAGGUGGGCUGGACGGGUUUGGAUCAUUAUCAGUUUAUUAUCAUCAUCCUGCCACCUUCAGUACUGAUGAUCAGGACCUGCAGGCUGUUUGAUGACCAGACAAGACUGUGAAGCACUGCCGCGUUCUCUGUGAGAGAUCCCAGCCAGAAAACUGGUGGUUUUCUUGUGGAGGUUUUACUGCGGGCUGCCUGAAGACACUCCGUGAUGGAUGAAGUUGGUGGCAGCGAAAGUGUCCCGGAUUUAAAGGACCUGGAGACUAAAGUGGGGAGGAAGACCCCUGAGGGGCUGCUGAAAUGGAUGCGUCAAGAAGCAGGACUCCAGGGUCACCCCAAGCCCACCUGCCCUGAGAGCAGCCAGUCUGAGAAGAAGGGCCUUGAUGAGAAGAUCAGGAGACUCAAAGUGGAGAUGGCUCACCUACGGGCAGUGGACGUGCGGAUUCUGCAGCAGCUGCUGGCGUUGCACGAGGGCAUUGAGGCAGUGAAGUGGCUGCUAGAAGAGCGCGGGCUGCUGACAAGUCACUGCAGCAGCCUGACCAGCAGCCAGUACAGCCUGGGAGAGGGGCCGGAUGCUUCAUGGAGGGGCAGCUGGAGUAGCCUGCCGGACCCCCACGACAAGCUGGACAACAUCUCCAUCGGCAGCUACUUGGACACGCUGGCAGACGACCUGGACGAGUACUGCCCCUCCAGCGGGGCGGAGUCUGUGGUCUGCUCUGCCCAACUGGGCACAGAAACAUCACAGGCAAAAAAUCAAAAGGCAAAACCUAAAGAAGUUGCCCCUAAAGAAGAUUCUCCAAAAGGACAGGUCAAAAAAGCACCUGAAGCAGACAGACCUUCUCCUGUGGUCAGCAAAGACUCUAAUCACACAGAACACAAGAAAGGUAAUAAUGGAGUCCUGGACACUGUGUUAAAGCAAGCUUCUGAGAUGGACUCCCCCAAAGCCCACCUGGCUGAGAAGUUGGGGAAGAACUUAAGCCCUAAUAAAGGCAAAGCAUACAAAAACGGCAAGGUGGAGCUGGAAAGCUGCAAAAUGAACGGCAAAGUGCAUUUGGAGUAUGAUGCGCACUGGCGCUGGGUGCAGUCGCAAGAUGAUGUAACCUUUUUGUGAGGAUUUAAACAAUGCAGCCUGACCAUGCAUUCACACUGGCAGAGGACACAGUGACAAGAUACCAGUCGUUUUUUAUGAUGGGAUGCAAUUUGUAGCCACAAUUUAGCUUAGCGACAAACUGUAAUCAACAAAUCGAAGAUUUGAGAUUUUCUGAACUUUUCCUAACUUGAACCAAUCACAGAAAUGGGGUUCUAAGGCCCCUAGCUUCUGUUGUGUGAAAAUUAUAGUUCAAAACAUAGAAGACAUGAUUAUUUAUAUGAUGCAUCUUUGCACAUAUAAACAUAGAACACUAAGUAAGGAAAUUUGUCUUUGGUAGAUUCUUUCUUUGUUGUAACAAUGCUUCUUGGCAGUAAACCCUGUUAAUUUUCCUUCACCCAUCUACCCACCCAGAGAGAGCAAGGCCAAUUGUGCUCUUAAAGGGCUUAGGUGGCCAAUGGCAAGCUGCAUGAACAGGAUUCGAACCGGCGAUCUCCUGAUGAUAGUGGCAGCACUUAGCCCGCUGGACCACUCAGAGCCCACAUUAAUAAAUUUCCCUUUUUGCCAAAUUUGCAUUGAAGAACAUGCAUUGGUGGGAUGAGCAGCAGAGCAUGUGGAUUGGGCUCAUAAAAAAUGACCAAAUCCUCUUAGCCAGUGCCAAACGGUUUAUUCUGCCAUUGACUUGUUUGAUGUUUGACGAUCUUCUUGGGGUGUCUCUGACAUCCCCUGCUAUACUAACCUUCUUGGCCUCCAGUUUGGAGAUACUGGUACCAGGGCUCACUCCAAAUAAUGCCACAACUUGGUUUUGAGGAACCCCAGCAUGAAGCUGCCCUAUCAUGCAGGCCCUAUCUAAAUCAGUCAAAUGUGGCAUGCCGAUUCUUGAAGCAUCCACCUAGUGGUCAGUGUAACAGCGCCCAUGUUCACAGGUGCUGCCAAUCAGGUACCAAAAUAAGUUCUUUGGCAAUGGCGGGAAAGAUUUGGCAACUGUUUCAUGCAUGCAACUCACAUACUUAGCUCUGCAGCUAAUCCCUCAAAUGCAUGACCCUUACAAAUGUGAUGAUGUGGCUUUCCAACUGUAUACGUUUUAUUGCCAAGAAGCUUUGUUACAACAAAGAAAUACCUAAUCUACCAAACACAAAUUUCCGUACGUUUGUGCUAUAUUUACAUGGUGAAAUGCAGCAGUGUUAUAGAAGGUAGUAGAUAAUUUGAUAGAUUAGCCAGCAUGCUAACUAUCUAUGCUAAAGCUUGCACACAUGUGACAAUGCAAGCAGCCUCAAACACGUGACUUGUCAGUGUCACCUGCCAGUGUGAACGCAUGGUAAGGUGUUGAACAUACUUUGUAACAGGUUUGCUCAAGGAGCUCCUGAUUCAAAUGCGUGCAUUAUUCUGGCAUAAAGAAAAAAAUAUGACACCAACACAGAUCCAUUUUCAUCGUUUUCACAGUCGUGUGGAAGUAAUAUUGUCAAUUGAGAACCAGAAACUUUUUUCACAGGUCCAUAUUACCAAUGGGUAAUAUCAGGGUCAGGGAUGGGGCAAGGGGGGGGUUAAACAUGGGCACUGUGUGGGUUGUACAUUACUCAUGGGGCCCAGAUGGGAUUAUGGUUGACUGUAAUGACGGGGCUCAUCUGGGAAGGCCAACUGAAUCCCCAUCCCAUGCUCAUGUGUAACCCACCUAGCCCAUGUUCCACCCAUGUUAGCCCCACAUGAGAAUAUUGUCUGGGAUAUAGUGCACACCUUUGAAUCAAGUCAGUUUGGUGUAUUUCUUUAUCAAUACGCACUACGGUCCGUUUACAAAAAUACUGACUGCUGAGGUUAACGAUUAAGUGGAUUAAAACAUGGUUCUCAACCUUAGUCUUGGCGUACCUCCUGUUCUGCACAUUUAAUAAUAGGGUUGACCAAUCGCCGCCCUGUAUAUACGUAUCCCACCCCACAGUAUUACCUGGGAAUGUUAUCUCACUCAGUUAAUCCAGAUUACCUGAAGAGUAUCUGAAUAUUAGAAUCAGAGGUGUUAGAUCUGAACUGUGCAGGACCAGGUUGGGGCAGGCCUGUAUUAGCAUUAAUAUAGUGUUUUCUUUGCCCGCAAGAUGCCUGAUUACGUAUUUUACCAUUAUUUCUUCCCAAGCUAUUGAAUUAUAUUGCUACUCUUAAAUUUUUUUUUUCUAAUUUUUAUCCCAUUUUCUCCCCAAUUUACAAGGCCAAUUACCAAACCAAACGAGUGCUGAAUGUUAAUAUACACAGAUUUCUCUCCUGAAAACGUCUAUUUAUAAGCUUAGAUUCACAAAUUUCUCCUGCAUUAAGACCGGAGCAUUAGCAUUAGUAGCGGCUAAUGCCGUCCGACAGCGCUACACUGAGGAACUACAGUCCAACAUACUCCCCUCUAAAGGGUGAAAGAGCUAGCGUGGGUAGCGGAUAAUGCUAAUGCUGCUCUAGCAGUGCUAGCCGGGGUUAGCAGCAGGCUACAGGUUGAUAAUACUCACCUCUGAACAGAAAAAUUAUGAUUAGCAGAUAAUGCUAAUGCUACACCAGCCCUGGUGCUGAAAAACUGAACUGAAACUCCUGUAUAAAGCUGUACUUCAGCGGAGUGGCUGGUAAAAUUCAUACACAAGGUGCACUGGAUUAUAAAGUGCACUGACCCCUUAUAAUGCAAAAAUACAGUAGUGUUUUUUUAUAUAUAGAUACAAUUUCAUUCCCAUUCCAUUAGCUAAUGAAACUAAAAUACUAAUCAAUUAAAACACUAUAAAAGCUUUAAAUAAGUCAACGUAGGCUAGUUUUAUCUUUAACGUGCAGCACAGAGGAUCUUCCAAGACCAGGGUUGGGAACCUUUGGAUUAAAGCAGAGGCUUAGGCUGUCAAAGAGCCUCAGUGCUCAACUUUUACAGAAUAUACAUUUAAUUAACAACUACAGUCAGAUGUGUAUUUGCGAACUGCACGUGUGGAAUCUUAUUCGUAAUCCAGUCCCAUUCUUGGACUGAAAUGAUGAACUGUAACUGUGUCUUUCUGUUUUUUUUUCUGUUUAUAUGAAAGUGUUAAUAAUAAGAAUAAUUCUUAUUUUCUGUAAUCUUGUAAUCUUAAAACAGCCCUAUAAAGAAAUACAAUAUGGGUAUGAAAGUUGACAUUUAAUUUCCAAUGUUUUCAGCUGUUUUCUAACCAGAGGGUUAAUCUGCUUAAGCAAAGGACUGUGGGUAGAACGUCUGGAAUAUUAUUACCUGGAAGUGGGACUACAAACAUUUCUUAUAAGUAUUUUAGAGAGGACCAAAGUUUCUAGCUAUAACAAUUCAAGAGAUUGUGAUCUUAUUUUUCUACUUGGGCUCAUGUUUAAGGUUCCAUAAAACCCGACACAUUCCAUGCAGUGUAUGCUAGUGGUUUCCAGUUCACAGUGUUUAACAGAUGAAUACUUUAAGGUUUCUUGUAACAGCACAGGGCAGGGGCUACAGUGUAAGUCUGGUGCUUUGGCUUUUAAUUUGUCCCUCAGUUUAAGGUGAAUAAAGUAUAAUAAAGUUUGAUUAGUGUCAGCUUUCAGUUCAAUCAGUUAUUCUUCAAGGCCUUUCUACCUUUGUUGAAUACAAGUGACCCACAGGGUGUUUUUUUUUUUACAUGAAUGAGAUCGAUUUGAUUGCAAUCAGAGUCUAAUGAUGUAUGUUUAUGUAACUGCUUAUUUAAGAACCGCUUGCACAAUAUGAUAUAUGCAUAUAAUAUUCUAAUACGAAUAAAUGAUAAAUGUAAUUGUGAUAAUCUGAGGUCACCAAAACUUGCUUUGGAUCAUAAAGAGCUUGCUGAACCUAUUUAACCCUUUAACAUCCUGCAAACUUUUUUGGUAGAGCAAUAUUUAAUUUACUAGGAAGCUGUGUCUUUUAAAAGUACCACCACACAGAGUUACUAACAUACUAAGUCAUUAUUUUUAGAUAGCAAGUCAUUUUUUUGAGAUACUAUCUCAUUAUUUUAAGAUACUAAGUCAUUAUUUUGAGCUAGCAAGAGUGUUUGCUUUUGAAAAAAAAAAAUUCUUUCAAAAUGAUGACUUACUAUCACAAACUCAUGAGAUAGUAUCUCAAAAUAGUGACUUACUGUCUCAAAAUAAUGACAUACUAUUUCAAAAAUAAUGACUUAAUAUCUCAAAAUAGUGAGAUAGUAUCUCAAAAUAAUGAGAUAACAGGUCAUGUAAUGAUAUGACAAAAAGUUAGUUUUUUUUUUUUUUUCAGGUGGAAGGGAUGGGCAUCCAUAGAGUUCAGCAACCAGUGCUAAGCAUUAGCGUGGUGUCUCUGCUAAUUAUGCCAAACCCUAAUGUCUUGUUUGAAGUGUACAAUUUAAUGACGUUGCCAAAUAGUAAGAAAUAGUGUUGUUAUAUUGAGUGUUUAAGGUGUUGAGAUGGAAAUUGGGACACUGGGAUACACUGAUCAUGUAUUUUAAUUGCUGGGCCCUGCUUUCACUUCUAUCAUAUAAGACAGUGUUUCUCCAUCCUGAUCCUGCACUCCUUCUCCAAUGACAGCUGAUCAAUUUAACAGAUCAUUAAUGAUCGGGUCAUUAGAUUAUCAUUAGAGGAAGUCGUUGGAGCAGACUGUGCAGGGUAGGAGGGAACAGGACCAGGAUUACGUUUUUUUGACUCAUGUUGCUGAGUUUGAGUUAGGUUCACAAUUUCAUUUCAGUUGAAAGGUGAAAUUGAAAAAUAUUUUAAUACUUUAGAUAUCCUGUUUAAUUAACAAUUUAUAUUUCAUGUUUAAUUAACAAUUUGCAAUUUUCUUUUGUAUGAAGCAGCAAAAACAUUGCUGGCAUUGAUGUUAAAGGGUUAAAUAAAAAAGCGCAAUAGAAAGUGUGAGGCCUUGAUAGUGAAGACUAGAAACACUCAGUUGCAGAGUGGCUUUAAUACGUAUUGGUAAAUUAUGGCUUUUGUUUAUUUGGUGUCCUGUAAUUAAAAUUAUUUAAACAUUACUAGGAAGAAUGAAUUUGUGUUGUAUAUGAUUUAUGCUUUUAUAAAAGUAUUUUCAUAUGACUGUGCUCUAGCUGUGCACCCCUGUGUCACUGGACGUGGUUCUGUUUUGCCUGUUUUCCUUCUGCAGAGAGAACUGCACCUUUAUGUAACUGAGGAGCCAAACGAAGCCACAGUCAGUGCUUAAUAUCCACUGUGUUGUGUAAUAAAUGGUGAUACAUGCUCCUUUAAA